CGUUCUCCCUGGUAGAGUUCAUUUGCGACUGGCCUGAUGGUGUCGGAGUACUCCGCGCUGGAGAUGGAGGAAUGCGAGCCAUUGCAGCUGCAGAAGUGGGAACUCAUCGAGCCAGACAGAAGUACUGAGGAGAGCAUUCAUGCGAUGACAAUCGAGAGUUCGACGAGUUACGAGUGGCUGCCGCAACGCUUGAGGGACUUGAGAGAUCAUACUUGCCCAAGUCUAUGUGGUAUCAGGUUGGGGGUGCCGCAGCAAGUCAUUGAUCGAAUCAGCGGGCAAAAGGACCAGGGGCCCUUCUUCAAAUUAAAGGAAAAACGCAAAAACUAUGACGAACAGGUUGGUAUUUGUGCAGACCUUGCGAGAACUAUUGCAGAGAAGGAAGCCGAGCAACAUGAUUUGAUGAUGCGCAACAUACAGACGAACAGUCAUAGACAUAGCGCGUACAGGCAAACUUGGUUGGAUCUCACCGAGAGGAAAGCUGAAUUGAAAGAUGCAGAUUCUAAGCUUUAUACUCUUCGUCACGAGAUUCAGAUGUGGAAUGAGUCAUUGAAAAUGUCGAAAAACCUUGACGAGACCUACAUUGGGCAAUAUCUGCUGACGCUCUUUGAUGUGGCAGGGCCACCUGUUCUGUUGUUGAUGGGGGCGAGCCUUCUACACGUCGUGGCCCUCUCACUGCCGUGGAUUGCUUACCAAUUCACUUUUUGUACGGACCAUAGUGCGGACAUGGAGUACAACUAUUUCUUAUGGGUGCCUUUUCUGGUGUGGACCACAUUGACCACCUUCAUCGAGUGGAGAUGUUUUUCUUAUAUUGUUGUCCCUAUGCUCGCGUGGACCAAGACCUACUAUGUUGUCAGUUGGCCACUGUCAUUUCGCCUUUGGCUGCCGUGCAUGUUGCUCGCUGGCUUCAUCUAUCGGAUGGAUGUUUGGGCACAAGGCUUGGCGCUGGCGAAAGCUUGGCGUUCUCAUGAUUACCUAGGCCAUGAAGAACUGGAGGAUGCUUGGGCAAAAGCUUGGAACGCGUCAGUCUUUUCUUGGUUCCAGCCAGGUGCGCAAUUGAGGCUUACUGCCGGCCUCGCUUGGGCUUGCCUUGCUCUACAGUGGUUCAUCUACUUUUUGAGGGUUAUUCCUUUCUCACCUACACCCAUCAAUGUGUCCUACGCAUGUGGCGCCGAACGAAAAGGCUAUGUUGUCCCAUUUUGUUGUGCGCACAUUUGGCAUGCUGACGCCUUGAAGACGCUGGCAAGCCUUACCCUUAUGCCUAUGGUCUUGGCGAACCAGCGGAGAUACAGUGUCCAGCGUGCCCAGUGGAAGCUGGUCGCUGGAGAGGGCCUGAAUCGUGACUUCUUUCACAUUCUCAAGAUGGACGUCCGCAUAAUGACUUGGGACAUUUUGUUCCGCAACCUGCUGAUAACUUGCGCGAAGCUGCAGGUUCAAACGAGUCUCCUCGCGCUACAGUUCCACAUGCAGCAGAAACAUGCAGAGAGCACGGGCGAGGUCUCUCAGAUGAGUUUGUUUUCAGAGCACUGGAACGCUUGCAUCUCCAUAGCCAUCGCCCACAUGAGUUCAGCGAUGGCCUUCAUCAGUGCUAUCAAUGACUUCGUGGACCUCCGAAGAGUGCGCAGCAAAGAGCGCAAGGACCGUGGGAAGAAAAUGGAUGCAGACGCAUGGAAUGAGUACAAGAAGCUUGCAUUUUGGGAGAGAUUGGGGUGGUCAGUCUUGGCUUUGCAGUUUAUUUUGCAGAGUCUUGCUUUGGCGAAAUUGUGGAUGGCUUUUCACUGCAAGCAUGCGUUGUGGAACUUCUCCGCAGCUAUGCAGUCUUGGAAUAUGGUGGAUGGCUGUGUACCCUUCUGAGGACGCCUGACUCUGCCCAAGUGUUUUCCUGACCCGGUUUCCUGACUCUGUCACCUUCCAUCAAGAGUGGAGCGUUCUUUGGCCAGCUUUCGCGCUACAAGCCGCCCCGCGCUUUAGUACAGCCCUUAGCAUAUGCAAAACAACACUUCCUUUCUCUUCGCCAAACUUCCUUUCUCUUCACCUGGGGUCCCGUUUUGUCACUGCUGCGCGCUGAAGGUACGGCUGAUGCAAGCGCCUUUUUGACAGAACUCUAAGAGUGAACUGGUGGUGCACUGUGACAGGUGAGCUCCUGUGGCCAAGUCCAAGAUCUGUUGGCUUGCCGCAUGGUGGUGCUUUCUUUUUUGGACUGCUAGAUGUUAGCAACCAAGGUCAUUUUCUAAGAAUAUCAUAUUUCGGAUUCCACAUUUUGUAGCUUUGUUCAUGAGCAGAUCUGGAAGCUUUCGGAUCGUGGAUUUGUAGGAAAGAUCACAGGAUUGCUCCGAAUCCUGACCGCCCCAUACUCAUAGGAGCUGAGGUUGGGUCGGCCUGUUUUGCUUCAUCGAAGUGUGGAAUCGGCGAAAUCUUUCGUGUCAAGUCCCUAGACCUGCCAGGACUUGAUCCUUUUAUAGACCGAAAUCGCUGUCAAGGGGAGUUGUCAUGGUUGAGGAACUAAGUAACUAAGUGGCCAGAGUGGGCGAAACUAAGUGGAUGGAGAACGGUUCCUUUUGGCCUUGCUCCAAGUUUAUACUGCAAGCCAUUUGUUCUCGUAAUUCCGAGGGUGCAAGUUCGCAACGAAGUGGUUCUUUGGAUUUGUAUUUUUGGCCAGAUGCCUUUAACUCCCCUCUGGCAGCCACGAAGAUUCAUCCGGCUAAGCCGGCCUUUCUGGAUUCGCGUGUGCGCUUUUCAGUCGACGCGCGGUACGUUCUGGGGCUGCACAAACUACAUUGAUCAUUGAUCAUCAUUGAUCUACUGAAGCUGAUGAUGUCAAGUCCUCAAAGGGUUGUUUCUGAUGAUCUUAACAAAACUGCGAUAGGUCUUACUGGCGCCCUCAACCCAUUUCAUGCAUUUUCACAGGUUCCCCCUCCUAAACUUGCAAGCCC